UUGCAAGGACAAUGUCAAGUCAAGAAUUGCAGUUUGUAGGUUAUAAACUUAUACAUUUUCCUUUCAAAAACAUUCCAAACAUUCAAAAGCGGCUUUUCCUUUUCCCUAGAAAAAAAUGAAACUACUUACUCUACUGUUUCUAUCAAUAUUAACCCUUCAAGUCCGUUCACAACUAGAACUUAUUCAAGACGACGAGCUGGUAAACUUAAUAAGAAGUGAAAAAUAUGUAGUGGCACUUUUCACCAAAAAAUACUGUGAGGAAUGUGAAAAUUACGAAAAUGAACUGACGGGCUUGCGAGAGGAUCUUGUGGAAACCUUAAAUGCCUGGGUUGUAAAGCUGGUUGACAGUUCUAUGUUAAGGCUCUACACCCCCAGUAAGGAGCCCCAAAUAGUUUUUUUCCGUCAUGGCAUACCACUUCUCUAUGAUGGUCCUCUAAAUGAUGAAUUAAUACUACACACUUUCACUAAUAAUAAGGAGCCAGCUGUUAAGGAACUAAAUGAUGAUAAUUUUGAGCAUUUAACACAAGCAGCCUCUGGGGCUACCACAGGUGAUUGGUUUGUCCAGUUUUACACAACAGAUUGUGUAGAUUGUCAAAGACUUCAAGCAAGAUGGGAGGCUGUUGGGGCACAUUUAAAAUCUCGUAUGAAUGUUGCCCGAGUGAAUAGGGCAACAACUGGUGCUAAAACUGCAAGAAGAUUUGACAUCUUCGAAGUGCCCACUUUUGUGUUAUUUAAACAAGGGAAAAUGUACCGAUACCAUAACCAGGACUUUGAAAUUAAGAGUUUUGUGGCUUUUGCACAGGAUUGGUAUAAAAAUAUGAAGUCUGAACGUGUUCCGGUACCAAAAUCCCCAUUUGAUGAUUUGGUAGCUGCCACAGUAACCUUCAUGAAGGAAAACCCCUACCUCUGGCAAGUAGGCUUUGGAAGUUUGUUACUAGGCAUUUUACUCCCAACUAUAAUGAAAUUCUUUAAAAAAUCAACGAAAGAAGAAAAAUCCAGUAAUAAAUCUAGUCAGAAAAAGGCUAGUACUAAGAAACCUGUUAAAAAAGAGUAGAGGCUAGUUGGCGAAAUAUAUACGGUUUAAAAAAUUCCUAGACAAUAUUUUUUACAAAAAAAAAAAUGAAAACACACUUCAGUUUGGUAAGAAGUGUGUGUCUACUAGAAACUAGCAAAAAUUAUAAUUGUUUAUAAAUAUUGACUUUUUUUUUAAGUCAAUAUUCUCUUACUUUGAUUGUUGCCGGGCAACAAAAAAUAACUGUUAAGGAAGUAUUUAUUAUUGUACAUUUAGUAUAGUAUAUCCCUUGUAGGCAGUUCCACAUUUCCAGACUUUUUUGCAUUUACUUAAACUUUAUUUUAAGCAAACUUAAAAUUAUAGAAACACAUCUUUUAUUACAUAAAUAUUGGUUCCC